AUGGGCCAGCAAGCUGGGAAUAAUAAUAAUAAUAAUCAGAAAAUAACAAACAGUACAAGAUUAAGGAUAGUAGUUCCAGUUAAGGAUGGGUUUACUGAGUUCGUGGAUGUGAAGCGUGAUCCGACAACCAAAGAGUUGAUCUCUCGCGGUUUUGCUAUCGACAUGUUUAAGGCAAUUGUGAAUUCGGCCAUGCCGUACACUGUUUUGUUUGAUUUCUAUCCCUAUGAAAGGCCUAAUGGUUCCAUGAAUGGCACUUAUGAUGAUAUGCUUCGAGCUGUUUCUUCUGGGGAUUAUGAUGCAGCAGUGGGUGACAUUUCGAUAAGAUAUUUCAGAACAGAAAUGGUUGAUUUUACCAUGGCAUACUCAGAGACGGGAGUAUCGAUGUUAGUUCCUUUACGACUCAAGCCAGGAAAGACCGGAACUUUGUUUCUUAGGCGAUUGCCUCAGGCUUUAAUAGGGGCCGUUGUGGGAGAAAUUGCAGCAAUAAAACGUACAAGACUUGUGACCGUGCUGUGCAUCCUAAUAUUAGUGGUCUUAACAACAUGUUUAGGUGCAAUCAUGAUUUCUUUGCAAAUAGCACCAAAAAGAACUCCCCUUAUAGAUCAACACAUAAAUGAUUUCAUAAGAAAUGGGAAAAAUGUCGGAUACCAAACGGGUUCUUUUGUUCAUAAUGUCCUUACUCAACGAGGGUUUUCAGAGUCACAAUUGAAGCCCUAUUCGGCCGUCGAACAACUUCUCGAUCUUCUAUCGAAAGGAAGUGCACAAGGUGGUGUCGAUGCUGCCUUCGACGAAACCCCCUUUCUUAAGCUUUUCUUGACUCAAUAUUGUAACGCCUAUACCCUUUUGCCUUCAGCUGCUCUUCAUGGUGAUGGAUUUGGCUUCGCAUUUCGAAAAGAGACCUUCACUGAUUUAGUGCGCGAUAUUUCCAUUGCGACAUUAAAAGUAACAAAUAAUGAAGUUCAAUUACGCGAGAUCAAGGAUAGAACAAUCGGUGAUCUAGAUUCGUGUCGACUAGACCUAACAGCCGAUGAAGCUAUAGAUUCUGGACCUAGCAUGUGGAUACUAAUAGCCGGAAUCAUUGGAAUUGUGGCUCUUAUGUUCAUCGUCUGUCCAGUGGUUAUAUCAAAAACAAAUUACACUAUUGCUAAGGGAAGACUAAUCUCAUUGCCUUCAUUAUCACUAAAAUCUUGA